AUGUGCAAGCACGUCCUCAACGCCCAAGUCGCCAUCCGCUCCCCCUGCUGCCGGCAGUGGUUCGACUGCGCACAAUGCCACGCCGACACCCAAACCCACGACCUCAAACAGACCACCGAGAUGAUCUUCGCGUGCAAGAAGUGCAAAAAGUGCUUCCGCAAGGACAUGGCCGAGUUUGACGAGAGCGACGAGUACUGCCCGCACUGCGACAACCACUUCUUGAUCGAGGCGGUGGAGCCCAAGGCGCGGCUGGAGGUCGAGGGCGAGGAUGUGCGCAAGGAUGCGCGCAUGUUGAAGGAUGAGAGGAUCAAGGCGAAGCAGCAGUAUAGCGUUUGGGAGGAUGAGGGCGAGGCGGCGAGGAUGGGUUGA